GACCCCGGUGCGGGCACGCAGCGCGGCCCGGCGGCGGCUUCUGCUCCCGCUCCCCUCCCCUCCCUCCACCCCCGUCUCCGCGCCGGUGUUGGAGAGGGUCCGCCCCUGGAGUCGAGCCGAGCCGAGCCGGCCCUCAUUCUGGUCUGCCCUGCUCUUCUUUGCUCUGCCCUCCCCUCCGGCACCGUCGUGGCGGACGACGGCCAGACCGUACUGGGCUGCGUGCAAGGGGCAGGUGCUGAGGAGCCCGGGGAGAGCUGUUAUAGCCUGUUAAUUACGCUGCAUCAAUUAACCUGUGGCACCUGUCCAUCCCGCCGCUCCGGGCUCUGUCCCCCCGCAGCGAGGAGCGCGCCCGGGUAAUGUCUGUACAUGAAUUGCAAGCUGGUCUCUAGUGGGGACACCGUGGGAGGAUGAACACGGAGGAGCUGGAGCUACUGACUGAUUCCAAGUACAGAAACUAUGUAGCAGCUGUUGACAAAGCACUGAAGAACUUCGAAUAUUCCAGUGAAUGGGCAGAUUUAAUAUCAGCACUUGGGAAGCUUAACAAGGUGCUACAGAACAAUGCCAAGUACCAAGUAGUACCCAAAAAGCUGACGAUAGGCAAGCGCUUGGCACAAUGUCUGCAUCCAGCUCUGCCGGGUGGGGUUCAUCGGAAGGCACUUGAAACAUAUGAAAUCAUUUUUAAAAUCAUUGGACCCAAACGCUUGGCCAAAGAUCUGUUCCUGUACAGUUCUGGACUAUUUCCGCUCCUUGCCAAUGCUGCUAUGUCUGUGAAGCCAACAUUAUUGAGUCUGUAUGAGAUUUAUUACCUCCCUUUGGGGAAAACAUUGAAACCAGGACUGCAAGGACUGUUAACUGGGAUUCUGCCUGGGUUAGAGGAGGGAUCAGAGUAUUAUGAAAGAACAAACACACUGCUGGAGAAAGUUGCUUCAGCUGUGGAUCAGUCAGCAUUCUACAGUGCUCUCUGGGGGAGCCUCCUCACCAGCCCUGCGGUUCGUUUGCCUGGCAUCACUUACGUCCUCUCCCAUCUGAACAGGAAGCUUUCCAUGGAGGAUCAACUCUACAUAAUUGGCAGUGACAUUGAAUUAAUGGUGGAAGCAGUAAGCACUUCAGUGCAAGAUACCAGUGUUUUGGUACAGAGGAGCACAUUGGACCUUAUCCUUUUUUGUUUUCCUUUCCACAUGAGCCAGGCAACACGUCCAGACAUGAUCAGAAUUUUGUCAGCAGCCCUUCAUGUAGUGCUGCGCAGGGAUAUGUCACUCAACCGAAGGCUUUAUGCAUGGCUUCUAGGACCCAGAAGUACAAGGCACAGCAAUCCUGAGGAGCAUGCCACUUAUUAUUUCAACACCUUCUCUAAGGAGAUGUUAGUCCAGGCAAUGGUUGGAAUAUUACAAGUUAAUGGACAGGGAGAAGAAAGCACAUUAAUGCAAGACUUAAAGCCUUUUCGAAUUCUUAUCAGUUUGCUGGAUAAGCCUGAACUAGGCCCUGCCAUCCUAGAGGAUGUAUUGAUUGAAGUGUUUCGAACAUUAUAUACACAGUGCAAAGCAGAACUGGAGCUUCAGACAGAACCAUCUUUCAACAAAGAUCAUACACAGCUAAGCAGCAAGCUGAGAGAAAACAAGAAAACAGCAGAACUGAUUAAAACUGCCAAUCUUCUUUUCAAUUCCUUUGAGCCUUAUUAUAUGUGGGAUUAUAUUGCUCGUUGGUUUGAAGAGUGUUGUAGGAGGACUUUACAUGCCAGACUUCAAACUGGGCCUGGAGGUGAUAGUGAGCAAUCUGAGUUACCUCUGACAAAUUUCUGCUUGUUAGUGGAUUUUUUGUUGGAUAUUGUUUCUUUGCCUACUAGAAGUAUGAGAGUGCUGUGUCAGGAGACUUACAUUGAAAUACAGACAGAACACUUGCCUCAGCUGUUGCUCAGGAUGAUUUCUGCAUUGACAAGCCAUCUUCCUACCUUGCACUUGUCUGAGCUUACUGAUUCUCUCAGACUCUGCUCAAAGAUCCUUAGUAAGGUUCAGCCUCCAUUGCUCUCUGCUGGUACAGAUGGUGUUCUACAGCUUCCUACUGGACACAGCAACUCCAUCAAAGAAUGGGAAAAUAAAAAGGUGCCAUCAGCGUCACUUGAAAAUCCUAAUGAUGUGUUUGAAGAUGGUGAAAACCCUCCAAGCAGUCGAUCAUCAGAAAGUGGAUUCACUGAGUUUGUACAGUACCAGGCAGAUACAACUGAUGACAUUGACAGAGCACUGAAUGAAGGUCACAGUGCACCUGGCAUCCCUAUUGUUGGUAGCACAUCCUCAGAGACUGAGACAGCAUCAACUGUGGGUUCUGAGGAGACCAUUGUACAGCCUCCUUCCAUAAUGACACAAGGGACAGCAACUCGUAGUGGGAAAACGAUCCAAAAGACUGCAAUGCAGUGCUGUUUGGAAUAUGUCCAACAGUUUUUAACCAGAUUUAUCAACCUGUAUAUCAUUCAGAAUAAUUCCUUGUCUCAGCCCUUAGGGGCAGAGCUUCCGGUAGACCCUACUAGAGCGCAAGGACAGAGCACAAAAUGGGACAGAGAAUCACAAGAUGAUGCUAAUGUGAAGAAAACAAACAAGAAGAAAACACCUAAAGAAUACCUUCCUGCCUUUAUUGCUGCUUGUCAGCUCUAUCUUGAAUGUUCGAGCUUUCCCGUUUACAUUGCUGAAGGAAACCGCACUUCAGAAUUACAUCCUGGGAAGCCUGAAAUUGACUGUGAACAAGUACAGCCUCCACUGUGGCUACAGACUUUAAUGAAUGCUUGCAGGCAGGCAAGCGAUUUCAGUGUUCAGGGUGUUACUAUUUCCCUUGUGAUGGACUUGGUUGGAUUGACUCAAUCUGUUGCUCUUGUCACUGGAGAAAAUCUGAACAGUGUGGAAACUGCUCAGCCUCUUAGUCCUAACCAGGGAAGAGUGGCUGUCGUCAUCAGACCUCCUCUUACGCAAGGCAAUCUGAGAUACAUGGCUGAAAAGACAGAUUUCUUCAAGCAUAUAGCUUUAACUCUUUGGGACCAGCUGGGUGAUGGAACUCCUCAGCAUCAUCAGAAGAGUGUGGAGCUCUUCUACCAGCUGCACAACCUCGUCCCAUCUUCCAGCAUUUGUGAAGAUGUUAUUAGUCAGCAGCUGACUCACAGAGACAAGAAAGUAAGAAUGGAAGCUCAUGCCAAGUUUGCAGUGCUAUGGCAUCUCACACGAGAUCUUCAUAUUAACAAAUCAUCUUCCUUUGGCCGCACCUUUGACAGGUCAUUAUUUAUCAUGCUGGACAGCCUCAAUAGCUUGGAUGGUUCUACUUGGUCAGUGGGACAAGCCUGGUUAAAUCAAGUGCUUCAAAGACAUGAUAUUGCAAGGGUUCUUGAACCUUUGCUCCUACUGCUUCUGCAUCCAAAAACUCAGCGGGUUUCUGUUCAGCGAGUACAGGCUGAAUGUUACUGGACUAAAUCUCCCAGUCACCAUGAAGAAGAAAAUGAAAAGCAGUUCAUGCAGAAGUUCAGCUGUGCUGAUGCAUUCUCCCACAUGACUGUAAGCCCAGGACAACUUAUUAUACCUAAAGAAGUCAAUGAGAAACAACUUGGUGUGGAUGAAAUGGAGAACUUCAGCCUGACUGUCAACCCUCUGAGUGACAGGCUUUCCCUGUUAAGUACCAGCAGUGAGACCAUACCAAUGGUUGUGUCUGAUUUUGACCUUCCUGAUCAUCAGGCUGAAAUACUGCAGAGUUCUGACUCUGGCUGUUCUCAGUCAUCUACUGGAGACAACAUCAGUUAUGAAGUGGAAACAGAAAGCCUGAGUGCUCAAGACAGCUCUCAGACUCUGAAAGAAGACUCACCUGAUGAAAUUGUGCAACAAGUGGUUACAGAUCUCAUAUGCAAAGUUUUAAGUGGUCUCGGAGAAGAAGUUGAACCAGUUAAAGACAGUCUGCACUCUGAGGAUGCUUCAUGUAAAUUCAGCUCUUUGGAUAACUCUGUAGAGGCUACAAAAAGUGAUGACCAAAAUAUUCAAAGUAGCCAGAGUAGUUUACUUAGUAAUGACAGUUCACAGUUACUGUCAGUCUCAACUGAGACUGGACUUGAGAGCUUAGGAGAUGAAAUGUCAAGAAAUAACUCUUCACCUUGUAUUGCAGAAAGCCAGCAAUCCUUCUCUGAUCUUACUCUUUCUUCCGCUGAAUCAAAGUCUAGAAAAUGUAGUCACAGUAGUAUUCAGUUCAGCUUUAAAGGAAAGCAACCAGAAAAAAUGUCAGAAAAAGAAACCAUUGUUAAAGAGGCUGGUAAGCAACCAGGUGCAAAACCUAAGGUAAAAAUAGCUAAAAAGAAAGAUGAAGAGAAGAAGAAAGCACAAACAGAAAAGCUUAAGCAAACAAAUGUCUUUUUCAGUGAUGGUCUUGAUUUAGAAAAUUGGUACAGUUGUGGAGAAGGAGAAAUUUCAGAAAUAGAAAGUGAUGUUGGAUCCCCAGGAAUGCGAAAAUCUCCUAACUUCAAUAUCCAUCCACUGUAUCAACAUGUGCUGCUUUAUCUCCAGUUGUAUGAUUCUUCAAGGACAUUGUAUGCUUUUUCUGCAAUUAAGGCAAUUCUGAAAACAAAUCCUUCAGCUUUUGUAAGUGCCAUCUCCACUACCAGUGUCAACAAUGCAUACACUCCUCAGCUUUCAUUGCUCCAAAAUCUUCUAGCCAGGCAUCGAAUAUCUGUUAUGGGCAAGGAUUUCUAUAGUCACAUCCCAGUUGAUUCUAACCAUAACUUUCGGAGCUCUAUGUACAUAGAGAUUCUUAUCUCCUUGUGUUUAUACUAUAUGAGGAGCCAUUAUCCAACUCAUGUUAAAGUAACCUCACAAGACCUCAUAGGAAACCGCAACAUGCAAAUGAUGAGUAUAGAAAUUCUGACACUCCUCUUUUCUGAGUUGGCAAAAGUGAUAGAAAGCUCUGCCAAGGGCUUUCCUAGUUUUAUUUCAGACAUGUUGUCCAAGUGCAAGGUUCAGAAAGUGAUCCUGCAUUGUCUGCUGUCUUCUAUCUUCAGCGCCCAGAAAUGGCACAGUGAAAAGACAGCUGGAAAAAACAUAGUGGCUGUAGAAGAAGGCUUCUCUGAAGACAGCCUUAUAAAUUUUUCUGAGGAUGAAUUUGACAAUGGUAGUACUCUGCAGUCACAGCUUUUGAAAGUACUUCAGCGGCUGAUUGUGCUGGAACACAGAGUAAUGACUGUGCCUGAGGAAAAUGAAACAGUGUUUGACUUUGUCAUAACAGACCUGGAGCACAUUGGUCCUCAGCAGCCGAUGACUUCUCUGCAGUAUUUACAUUCCCAGCCAAUAACCUGCCAAGGCAUGUUUCUGUGUGCAGUGAUACGAGCUUUGCACCAGCACUGUGCCUGUAAAAUGCAUCCCCAGUGGAUUGGCCUUAUCACUUCUACAUUGCCUUACAUGGGAAAAGUUCUUCAAAGGGUCGUUGUUUCAGUGACUCUUCAGCUCUGCAGGAACUUGGAUAACUUAAUUCAGCAGUAUAAAUAUGAAACGGGAUUAUCUGAUAAUAGGCCUCUCUGGAUGGCAUCAGUCACUCCCCCAGAUAUGGUUCUCACUUUACUAGAAGGGAUCACAACAAUAAUUCAUUACUGCCUCUUGGAUCCAUCUACACAGUAUCACCAGCUUUUGGUUAAUGUAGAUCAGAAGCAUCUGGUUGAAGCACGCAACGGGAUCCUCUCUAUCUUGCAUAUGAUCAUGUCUUCUGUGACUUUACUGUGGAGCAUCCUGCACCUUGCAGAUUCUUCAGAGAAAACUACUGCUGCUGCUGCUGCAUCCAUUACCACUAUUAAUCUUGGAUCAACUAAGAAUUUGAGGCAACAGAUCCUAGAACUUUUGGGUCCAAUUUCAAUGAAUCAUGGUGUUCACUUCAUGGCUGCUAUUGCAUUUGUAUGGAAUGAAAGGAGGCAAAACAAAAAUACUUCAAGGACAAAGGUUAUUCCUACAGCAGGUGAAGAACAACUUUUGCUGGUUGAGCUGGUUCGCUCUAUCAGUGUUAUGCGGACAGAGACCGUCAUUCAGACUGUAAAAGAAGUUCUAAAGCAGCCUCCAGCCAUAGCAAAAGACAAGAAACAUCUUUCACUGGAAGUCUGCAUGUUGCAGUUUUUCUAUGCUUAUACUCAAAGGAUUCCAGUGACCAGCUUAGUAGACAGCUGGGCAGCACUGCUGCUUUUGUUAAAAGAUUCCAUACAGGUUGGUCUUCCAGCCCCAGGACAGUUUCUCAUACUUGGUGUUCUUAAUGAGUUCAUCAUGAAGAACCCAAGUCUGGAGAAUAAGAAAGAUCAAAGAGAUCUACAGGAUGUAACACACAAGAUAGUGGAUGCUAUUGGGGCAAUUGCUGGUUCUUCCUUGGAACAGACCACUUGGCUAAGACGAAACUUAGAGGUUAAGCCUUCCCCCAAGAUUAUGGUUGAUGGAAACAACUUGGAAUCAGAUGUUGAAGAUAUGCUGUCUCCAGCAAUGGAAACUUCAAAUAUAACUCCAUCUGUUUAUAGUGUCCAUGCAUUGACCUUACUUUCUGAGGUUUUGGCUCAUCUCCUUGACAUGGUUUUCUACAGUGAUGAAAAAGAGAGAGUUAUUCCUUUGCUUGUAAAUAUUAUGCACUAUGUUGUGCCCUACCUCCGUAAUCACAGUGCUCACAAUGCAUCCAGCUAUCGAGCUUGUGUCCAGUUAUUAAGCAGUCUUAGUGGAUAUCAGUAUACAAGGAGAGCAUGGAAAAAGGAAGCCUUUGACCUCUUUAUGGAUUCCAGUUUCUUCCAGAUGGAUGCUUCAUGUGUUAACCAUUGGAGAGCUAUUAUGGAUAAUUUGAUGACACAUGACAAAACCACAUUCAGAGAUUUGAUGACAAGAGUGGCUGUGGCCCAGAGCAGCUCCCUCAAUCUGUUUGCUAACCGAGAUGUGGAGCUGGAGCAGCGUGCAAUGCUCCUCAAGAGACUUGCCUUCGCCAUUUUCAGCAGUGAGAUAGACCAAUACCAGAAAUACCUGCCAGACAUACAAGAAAGGCUGGUAGAAAGUCUCCGGUUGCCACAGGUGCCCACCCUUCAUUCCCAAGUGUUCCUGUUUUUCAGAGUAUUGCUUUUAAGAAUGUCUCCACAGCACCUUACCUCACUUUGGCCAACCAUGAUCACUGAACUGGUGCAAGUGUUUUUACUGAUGGAACAGGAACUCACUGCUGAUGAAGACAUUUCCAGAACUUCUGGCCCAUCUGUUGCUGGUUUGGAGACAACUUACACAGGUGGCAAUGGUUUUUCCACAUCCUACAACAGCCAGAGGUGGUUGAACCUGUAUUUAUCUGCUUGCAAAUUUCUGGACUUGGCUCUAGCUUUACCAUCUGAAAACCUGCCUCAAUUUCAGAUGUAUCGUUGGGCUUUUAUUCCAGAAGCAUCAGAUGAUUCAGGCUUGGAAGUACGAAGACAAGGAACACAUCAGAGGGAAUUCAAACCCUACGUGGUGCGUCUGGCAAAGCUGCUGAGAAAAAAAGCAAAGAAAAACCCGGAGGAGGAUGGCUCAGGUAAAACACUAAACUGGGAACCAGGUCACUUGCUUUUAACCAUCUACACUGUCCGCAGCAUUGAGCAGCUCUUGCCUUUCUUCAAUGUACUCAGCCAAGUUUUUAACAGCAAAGUCACAAGCAGAUGUGUUGGACACUCAGGGAGCCCUGUCCUUUACCCCAACUGUUUUCCAAGUAAAGACAUAAAAAUGGAGAACCUCAAGACCUUCUCCAGCAAAGCAAGACAGAAGAUUGAAGAAAUGGUUGAGAAGGAUUUUCUUGAAGGCGUCAUAAAAUCAUAAACCAAACCGGUACUACUCAGCCUAUAUGUAGUGUAACUAUCUAAAUGAAAUACUCUAUCUUCCCCAGUUGUAUAGUAUUCUUUUCUUAUUUUGUAUGUAAUGAAAUACUUAAUGUUGUAUUUAAGUUAAAUAUUUGUAAAUAAGAGAAGUUCUGGAUGUGGCCUGAAUCAAGUUUAAAUAUUGGUGGCUCAUAUUGAUUAUAGUGCCUACUAUUUACAGUAAAUGUUUUGUUGUCUUGAGUUCUGUCUUUAAAAACAAAAAAAAGAAAAAAAUACAAGGUGCACAUUUUUUCAAUUUGUUUCCAGUUUAUUUUUGUCUUUUUUUUUUUUUUUUUUUGUAAGAUCUAUUGGAACUUGUGCUUAUUUAAUAACCUGUAAAAUGCUAUUAUGGCAGGAGGUAAUACAGGACUACAAUGAACUGUUUGUCAGAGGUAGACACCCUGAACCAAAGUAUGCCAAGGAGGAUACUUGGUGUGUUUAAAACAUUGCAUCCUGUUGGCCCAGCCCCUUCAUGGUGCUGGGGAGCAGUUAAGGCCACAGAAGACAAACCUGUCUCUGUCCCUUCCCUCUCAAGUGUGAUUUUAAAUACUAUUACUGCAAAUCACUUUCUUAAUAAUGUCAUAAAGUUUCUAAUGAAGAUAAUAUUGCAAUAAUAGAUUAUUAUUUGCAAAUAUUCUUUUUCAUUAUAUUGUUUCCCCCUCAAAAUGAGGUGAACUGAAUCUGAAGACCUAGUGACAGCCUCUGUCUUACACUGUUUGCCCACAGAUGAUUGGGCUACUGGGGGAUGAUGGGGAUGAUGAUUCUGCAGCAGCCACUGUGAGCAGUCACAGCAGAGCUCCAGUCAUGCAGCCAUGGCCAAUGCUCUGAGGGUAGGGGUGUUGGAUUUCAGGCACAAUGUGACAGUGAACUAAGCUGGGACAGGGAGGGGCAGAAUUCCUUCUGAACCAUGGCUUGUCAGGAAGUUAGACAAACUUGAGGAGGGGAAUACUCAACAGCAAGAGCAUCUGAUUAAGAGGUAAGUUGCUAAAGGAGGUUAAGAAUAAGCAGAGUAAUAUUCCACUCAGUUCUGAUCAAUCCUUGCUACUCCCAGGAAAGGUUGAUUCUGUGCACAGCAGCAUAUGGUAAAAAAAGUAAUAUUAAAAGAUAAGGGAAGUUGUGUGCUUUAACUGCCAUUCAUUAUAUAGGUUGGGGUGGUGCUCCUUUUCCACCAGCGAGAUGGAAAACAGCCAGGCUCACUUCAUGGGCGAGUGCAUCUGCAUUCUCCUGUGGAAUGUUGGAAAAGUUAGUUAUGCUGCUGUCAGCACAAGAAGAAUAGAGCAAAUAUGUGAUAUUAAGGCAAGCAUUUUCCUGCAAAUGCUGUGUUCCCUAUAUUGCUCCAUAGGCCACUGCCAUCAUGCUGGUAGGAGCAUGUGAAGUGGGGAGAGCAAGACCACUGCUUUUGCUGUCACCUUUAAGUUCAGAUCUGGACUAACUUAACAGCAGCCAGAAUUUUUUUUCUGUCUUGCCUCUUAUGAAAUUGUGUAGUUAAAGGCUGCUUUGGUAACUUCCUUCUUAACCCUGAGCUCGCAGAAGGCUGGUUGUCUUUUCAAAAUCAUCUGGUGUUAAAUCUGCCUUUAUAAACAUUUAUAUUUUCCUUUUGAAGAUGAACAUUGAGAACAUUAAACAUUACUUUUCUAAAUAAAAGAAAAUCCAAAGUGA